GAAGGCCUGUACAAACGCUAGAUGUUCCAAAUGGCCAACCUGUCCACGAGCUUGCUAUCCAUAAUGGACAUGAAUAAAUAUAAUCUUUCUCCAAACUUCACCAUCGAUGACCUCAUCAAAGUGGCUGUGGACUACAAAGUCUCGGACCACUGGUUCGAAACAGAAACCGAGCUUGUUCUGGUCGUCUUCUUCUGUUUUGUCAUUCUGUGUGGUCUCUCCGGUAACAUCGUCGUAUGUCUCAUCAUCUGCAGGAACGGGAACCUCAAGUCCACAAGAAACUGGUACAUCCUCAACUUGUCCAUCUGUGAGAUCAUGACAUGUAUCAUGUGUAUGCCUUUUAUUCUGGUCAGGAUGACACUCAAGAACUGGCGCUUGGGAUUGGUGCUGUGUAAACUUGUCCCAACGCUUCAGACAACCUAUGUGGCAGUAUCAACACUAACUAUUGUGGCAAUCGCUGUGGAUAGGUACCGUGUGAUUGUAUGCUCGGUGACUCGGAGUCACUACAAGAAGAAGACAAAAUAUGUGAUCCCUAUGACGUGGCUGGUGGGCUUCUUCAUGUCCCUCCCGCAGCUGUUGACUAACCGCGUGGAGGAUGUGAUGGGUGUGUCUCGCUACCUCCUGUAUUCCAUCUGUAUUGAACACUGGGACUCGUCCGAGCUGCUCAUGUGCUACACCGUGGCUGUUUUACUUAUGCAGUAUCUCCUACCAGUUCUCGCAAUCAUCACGCUCCAUGUUCUCAUCUGCCGGUUUCUUCGGGUUCGUAUCAACACACGACAAGUCUCACUGAGGGAGAUUCACCGAGCUAAGAGAAAUAUGGCGAGCCAUCGUAAAAAUAUGUAUUUACUAACAAGCAUAGCUGUUUUGUUUGCAGUGACGUGGCUACCAAUAACUCUUGUUAACAUCCUGGCAGACUUUGACCAAGGUGUGUUUGAGGACAAGGAUUUUCGCCUCAUCCAUGCCACCUGCCUUCUUGUGGCCCUGUGUUCAGUGUGUAUAAACCCGGUUGUCUACGGAUGGUUCAACUCCAACUUCCGCCGUGACCUACAGAGGUGGGCCAGUACUAAGAUAUCAAGCUCGGUGGAUAUGGUCCAAUACAUAGAAGCCAGUACACACCGGUCCAAAACAGACAUGCUGACUAUGUCAACACACAACCAUCGGGGAUAUUCCAUUGUUCAUGAACGACGGAUAGAAUAACACGUGACAAAAACUUGUAGAUCAAUGUUGAUUCUGUUGCCAUGUGGUGCA